GACGAAGAAUACGCGAGGAAAAGCAAGAAAAUCGUAGAGAAGCGCGAGAAAAACAGGAAAAGUGCAAAACGGAAAACCGCGGCCACAAAGUCUAACCGAAGCGCGGCAUUUUCCUAGCGUUUGCAUUCCAUUCAGACGCGCAGCGAACGUGCUUCACGAAAACGACCAGGUUUUUUGACCAAAUGUGGUAAAAAUAGCAGCCAGCAGAAGCAGAGAAGCAGCAGCCACAGCCGCCGCCGCCGCGCCGUCGUCGUCGUCGCCGACUCCCAAACUCCAGAAAAGCCCACACAUUUGAUUUUAAAUCACCCUUCCUCCCUCCCGCACACGGACACACGCACACUGAAAUCCGUGCGACAGCAACGGGGGAAAUCCUUGCAGAAAAGCGCAACAACACACUCACGUAGAACCGAAGAGAUACCCAGAAGAGCCAAGCCGCAAUGUCACGACCACGUCCGCGUCCUCAACCCAUCAGUAUCCACCGCGAGCCGGAACAAGCUCUUGUCCCGCCACGGAACCUGGACUCCCGUGCCACCAUCCAGAUCGGGGACCAGACCUUCGACAUAGAUGCCGACAGUCUGGAGCGAAUCUGUGAUCUGGGACGAGGUGCCUACGGCAUUGUGGAGAAGAUGCGACAUCGCCAGACGGACACAGUGCUGGCAGUAAAGCGUAUACCGAUGACCGUCAAUAUACGGGAGCAGCAUCGUCUGGUCAUGGACCUGGACAUAUCGAUGCGAUCCAGCGACUGCCCCUACACGGUUCACUUCUAUGGGGCGAUGUACCGCGAGGGCGACGUCUGGAUCUGCAUGGAGGUGAUGAGCACCAGUCUGGACAAGUUUUAUCCGAAGGUCUUCAAGCACGACCUGCGCAUGGAGGAGAGUGUGCUGGGAAAGAUUGCCAUGAGCGUGGUCAGUGCUCUCCACUAUCUGCACGCCCAACUGAAGGUCAUCCAUAGAGAUGUGAAGCCUUCGAACAUACUGAUCAAUCGCGCCGGCCAAGUGAAGAUCUGUGACUUUGGCAUCUCAGGUUAUCUGGUGGACUCUAUUGCCAAGACAAUCGAUGCCGGCUGUAAGCCGUACAUGGCCCCCGAGCGCAUCGACCCACAAGGGAAUCCUGCACAGUACGACAUACGCUCCGAUGUGUGGUCGCUGGGCAUAAGCAUGAUUGAAAUGGCCACCGGCCGCUAUCCGUACGACAAUUGGCGGACGCCAUUCGAGCAACUGCGACAGGUGGUUGAAGACGAUCCACCCAGGCUGCCAGCGGGCACAUUCUCGCCCGAAUUCGAAGACUUUAUCGCCACCAGCCUGCAGAAGGAAUAUAUGGCGCGGCCCAACUACGAGCAGCUGCUGAAGCACAGCUUCAUUGUGGAGCAUCUGCAGCGCAAUACGGACAUUUCCGAGUUUGUGGCCAGGAUACUGGAUUUGCCGGACGAACAGCCGCAGCAGCCGACAAAGUAGAGGCCCCGUCCGCAGUCUCUUCCCGUGUAAAUUGCCGCCGUCUUCUUUCUAGCAUGCAUUUCGUACAUGUGUGUGAGUGUGUGUGUGUGUUGUGUCUCUUGAACUGGAAAAAAAGAAAAGAAAAAAAAAAUAGGAAAAAGAAAAACCCAGCCCAUAUGGAAAACAUUAUAUAAUUCUAGUUGUAAGUGAAACCAAAAGCAAAAGCAAACGAGCAGAAGCCGAAGGCGAAGCCAAAGCCGAAGCCGAAGCAGAGAAGCAUCUUCUCUCAGCGACGACGAACUACUUUGCGGGCGGAGAAGCCGCCAGCCACCAUCCACCAGCCGCCCUAGCACUUACGCCCUCCGCUCCAAAAUCCUCUUGCACUACGCUCAAAGCCGAACCGUGCCUCCCGUCAGCCGGUGUGUUAGUUAGUUGCUGCUAAAUCUAUAUCUUAUAUAUGUAUACACACUAUAUUAAUCAAUUUGUACUACGAGUGAUCCAAAAGAGAGAUGGAGAGAGCCAUGGAAACCUUCAGGGACUGGGACUGGGAGGAGUGCGAGUGCGAUUGCGAUUGUAAGCGUAAGCGCCGUCACGCAGCCGUAAUAAUGGUAAUUGUCUAACAAAUAAACCAUACGCGGAUUAUAGCUAAUUAAUGUUGAAACAUCUCCUGUAAUUACUUGUUGAUUUUUUAAUAUGUAUAACGAUAACGAUCUAAAUGUACAAGAGAGAGAGAGAGAGAGCGCGCGCGCGAGCGUAGAGCGGCGAGAAUUCAAUUAAGGCGAGAUGUACGAUGUACGAUAUCCGAUAUAUGAUGUAUGUAUGCCCUGCCCCACUCCCCUUUCCACCAACAAUCAAUCAAUCAAGCAAUUAAUUAACAUUUAUAUUUACAUUUAACAACGAAUGCGCAAGGCUCUAAAACAAUCAAUUGUAUUACUGGCCCUGAAGGAUCCUCCUUUGAAGGACUCUUGCAAAUAAAAGUGUGCUAGAAAGCCCGCUUCGGCCAGCCGAAGUAUACCCUUUGCAGUUGCAACGAGA